AUGACUGGGAAGACCCAGACCAGCAACGUGACCAACAAGAAUGACCCACGCUCCCUCAACUCCCGCGUCUUCAUUGGCAACCUCAACACGGCCGUGGUGACCAAGGGCGACAUUGAGGCCAUCUUCGCCAAAUACGGCAAGAUAGUGGGCUGCUCGGUGCACAAGGGCUAUGCCUUUGUUCAGUACGCCAGCGAGAGGAACGCCAGAGCAGCCGUGGCCGGGGAGAACGCCAGGGUUAUUGCUGGACAAUCACUAGAUAUCAACAUGGCAGGAGAGCCCAAGCCCUACCGGCCUAAGAUGGGCUCCAAGAGGCCUCUCUCAUCCCUCUACAGUGGCUACGAGUUUGACUAUGACUACUACAGAGACGACUUCUACAGCCGACUCUUUGAGUACCACGGCCGUGUUGUGCCCCCGACCCGAGCUGUGAUCCCCAUCAAACGUUCACGGCUAGUUGUCCCAUCCACACGCAGAGCCAAAUCCUCCUUUCCAGUCAGGGCCUGUUCUUCCUCUUCCUCCUCCUCCUCCUCAUCUUCCCGACCACUCAAUGUCGGCUCUUCCAUCACUGGCCCUAAACUGAAGACAGACCAACUCCUAACAAUCAAGAAGGAGCUGUCACAGAUCAAGACCAAGAUCGACUCACUGCUGGGGAGGCUGGAAAAGAUUGAGAGACAACAUCGUUGUGAUGCUGACAUGCAGAGGAAACAGGAGGAGGUGUGCGAGUGUCUCCAUGGUGAUGCAGCAGACCUCUCUGGUGGAGAGGAAGUGGAGGGGACGGCUGAGGUGGAGGCAGGGGAGAUGACGGACGGCGGCGAAGACGACUUUGAAGAUGAAGGCACCAGUGACAUGAUAGAGAACCACAUAUCAGACAUUGACAACUGAGCAAGGUCAGUAUUUAAUCUCUGCUUUAGUGGUGCAAUUUUGCACAGAACUGCCAUUUCAUUUUGGGAGCAGUGUGUGGAAAAUGAAUGCUUCGUCGACCUUUUAGCACCCAGCAACUUAUAGGCAGCAUCAAGAGUGAUACAAAAGAUCUCAGGCUUGUUUUUUUUUCUUCCAUUUUUAAGGAGAGUGAAAGAGUGAGAAACACUGCUCAUCACCUUCCAGUUUAAUCCUCCACACUGUUCUAAAUGGCCUAUCGUUCUCUCCGUCUGGAAGCGUAAGGGAAGGCAGCUUCUCUACAGUUAUCACUGAUGACUGUCUGAACAGCCGCAGAGAUAGGACUCCGCCUCAUCCGCACUUUCCAUCAAACGACAUUUAAAUCUCCCCUGAUUCUCUUUGUAUGAACAAAGAGCUGUGAAUUUAAUUUGCCUCUUGGCUGACGUUUCCUCCCUGCUGUCCACAAGUGCCCACGAGCAGGAAUCUUUCUUAGACGCUCUGAUCAUGAUAGAUUGUUAAGUUGAUGGCUUAAUGAACUGUUUGUCCUCGGGUGGAUAUCUUGAGUGGUUGCAGGUCAUAUCAAGAGUGUUCGUUUAUUUAGUGUUUUAGUCCUCUGUGUUUUUACACUUCACAGGAAAAUCUUGCCAAAAAAAGCACCUGAAAAUGUAGCUCCCUUUUCUACAUAAGUUCAGUGUGAAAAACAGCGUGACAGAAAUAAUUCAUUUUCACUGCAGCCUGUUUGUUUGUUUUUCUUUUUCUUUCUUUUUUUUUUCUUUUUUCUUUUUUGCAAGUUGGGGAAAAGAUGUCUACAGUACAAGACGUUGGGAGAACAGAUACCAGCAAAACCUUCUUGAUCAAGGAGGUGUAUUUGACAUGAAAGAAAAGCAAUGAGGGACGUGACUGACGGCAGAGGAAAAGUUUUUCCAACUUGUUUGUUGCUUGUUUGCCUCAUUAGAACACAACACUUCUGAUGUGUACUUCAUCAAAAUGCUGGGUAUGAAUAUUCUCCAGUCUUCUGCAAGAUCAACUGCAAAGAGCAAUCAAUAAUUUCCACUCAAACUGAUUGCCUUUCUGAAAAAUACGGACAAUACAGUGUAUUGUGUGCUUAAUAUAUUAUGGUCUGUAUUGUGUAUAAAAAUACAGUUAAGUGAUCAAUCAGAUGAAAAUGAAUUGGUCUCUUUUGUUGUACCUCAAAUGUAUGUUUCUGUUUCUGUGCAUUGAAAACUGUGACGAGCCACGACGCUGGCAGAGAGCUAAACCUGAAUGUAAGAGUAACGCAUUCUCUUUGACACUCGAUAAUUAUGUGAUUUGCUUUAUUCGUACAUUUUAAGGAAAUGUACAGUCUGUAAUUUAUUCACAAUGUCUCCACACUGUAUUGUAUGCAUAUCACGUUUGUAAUUUGUUCUACAUGAUAAGAUGCAUUUUGAAUUCUUUACGUUCUGUUUAUCGUAAUCAAAAGAUGACAGAUUUUUGCUAUUAGCAUGUUAAAAAUGUGGCUAUUAUGGUUCAUUUGUAUUCAUUGCGUCUGUUGUACAGCCAUGGAUAAGAGUUUUUGACAUAAAUCUGCUUCCACCUAAAAAAAAAAAAA